AUGCACGCGCACGGCGACCCAGCAGCGGCAGCGCGGGCGGGAGCGACUGCGUGCCGGCCGUGGGAGCGCAAUGACCUGCUGCGACGGCUGGCGACAUUCAAGUCCACCACGUGGUUUGCCAAGCCGCAGGUGCGCCGCCGCGCUGCUCGCACGCUGCUUUGCUGCACGCACGUGUUGCUCCAUGCGCGGAUGUGUGCGUGCACGGUUCAUGCGAGCGGCGGGGGCGGUAGCGUGCGCGCGGAGGGGGUGGGUGAACUGCGACGUGGACAUGCUGGCGUGCGAGGUGUGCCACGCGCGCCUCAGCUUCUGCGUGCCGCCCACGUGGUCCAGAGCUCAAGGUCUGUCUGCGUGCCGCCCGCUUUCUCUCAUGCUUCUGGUCGCGUGCAUGCCUCUCCUCACUCACCUCACCCCCCCUCAUAUACUCAACAUCUAUCCAUCUCCCCCUCACCCCCCGCCCCCACGAAUCCGUGGGCGGCAGUGGAGCGGGCGGCAGCGGAGGUAGCGGGGCGGCUGGAGUCGGCGCACAGGCAGCACUGCGCGUGGCGGGGCAACGAGUGCGACGAGGCGCUGCUGCUCUUCCCCCCCCAGCCGCCCGCCGCGCUGGCCGCGGCCGUGUUUGAGCGCUGCCAGGCGCUGCAGCAGCUGGCGCGCCUGCCCGCGCUGGCGCCCGCAGCGGUGGAGCGCAUGCGGCGCUGCAGCCCGCGCGCCCUGGACGCGCUGCUGGCGCUGCCCGCGCUGCCGGUGGGCGCACCGUGGGACGACCCCGUGGGGCGCACAGCCACGCGCGUGACGUCAGACGCCGCUGCUUACAUCGAGGUGCGUGCCUUGCCUCUCCGCACUCCCCCUCACGUCAACAACCCUGCCUGUGCGCUCGUCUGUCCCCCACUCUCACACGCCUUGCCCCACCCCAUGUCUCCACGGUCCCACGGCGGCACAUUGCUCGUGCGUGGGCAGGUGCAGCGCAUCAUCGCGGUGUGUGGGUGGGAGCCGCGCGCCUUGGGCGUGCUGCCUGACGCGCACGACCCGCCCCACGCCAACCACCGCCACCCGCCUGCACACCCCACCGCCCCUCUGCCCGCUCUGCCCGCCCAUGGGCGCGCGCACGUGCCUGCGCGCCCCCCGCCUGGCAUCCCUGCGAGCGCGGCGGUGCUGCAGUGCGCGCUGUGCGGCGCCAGCGUGGGCGUGUGGAACUACUCCACGCUGCCCCGCCCCCCCGCACCCCUCGCCCUUCCCCCCGCCUCGCCCCAGCUCUCCGCCCGCCAGGGGCCACCAGGGGAGGAGGGGGCGAGGGAGCGGGAGGUGCAGGCGGAGAGGGGCAGUGAGGGAGGGGGGGAGAAGGCAGAGGAGGAGCAGCGGGAGGGCGAGAGUGGGGCGCGGAAGAGUCUUCCGCCUGCUCCUGCAGCAGCUGCCAUCAUUAUCGCGCCGGUGGGGGGAAUGAGCAUCACGAGCCCCCCGCACAGGGCGGGGCUGGGCGCAAGGGGCAAGGUAAGGGGGCGGUGGGGAGCGUCUCAGGGGCAGGGGGGCGCGGGGGUGGCGGAAAGGAUGGGGGAGGGCUCGGAGGAAGGGGUGGGGGAAGCGAAGGAAGGGUAUAGGGUAGAGGGGGAAGCGGAGGGAGGUGCAGGGGGAGAGGGCACGGAGAGGGGCAUGGGGCCCGAGGUGGUCACUUCGCCCAGGCGGGUGCAUGGUCGGCGCGAGGGGGAGGACGCGAUGGACGAGCAAGGAAUCGCUGCCCCGCUUGCCGCUGCGUCCGCUGCCCCUGCCCCUGCUCUGCCUGUUGCUGCUGCUGCUACCCCUGCUACUGCCACUGAUGCGUCUGCUGGUGGUGCCGGUGGUGGUGUGGGUAGGAGAGCGGCAGCAGGCAGCAUGGGUGCGCCUGCCUCUGUGGUGAGGAGGCGGAAGCAGGGGUUGGAGGCGGGGGGGGCGACAGCAGGAGUUGAGGCGGAGGCUGUGCGCCCUGCUGCCCCCGUGGCAGCAGCGCUGUCAAUUGUAGGCAGCGCCACGCCACUCGGAGCUGCGUCCGCUGCUGCACCAACAACCCAUCCCGAGUACCGCCCACCAUCGCCAGCAGCAGCAAUAGCAGCAGCAGCAGCAGCAGCGGGAGCAGGGUUGGGAGCGGGCGGGGUGGCACUGGACCUGGGUCUGACCAUCGCUGGCGGCCUCCCCCCCACGCACCUCUCCUCCUCGCCCCCUCCGCGCCCCUUCGGCUCUGCCUCCGCCCUCCCCCUCUUUGGCGCCGGCCUGCCCAUUCCUGGCUGCCACCUCAGCGGCCCUGCCGGCGCCAAUCUGGGGGCGGGCGGCAAGGCAGGCGCAGGGGGUGGGGGAGGGGGAGGGUUAGUGGAAGGGGACGGGGGAGGGGGACCAGCAAGGAGAGUAGGGGUAGAGGGGGAGGGAGGUGGAGAGGGAGGGGGAGAGGGAGGUGGCGUGGGCGCAGAGGGGUUUGGGCAGUGUUUGGGCGAGGUGAGCUUUGGGCGGGGGGGUGUGGCGGUGCUGCCGAUGAACAGUGCGGAGGGCGUGGUGGCGGAGAUGGAGGAGGUGUCGUCCGAGGAGGCCGAGGUGGAGGGCUCUCUGCGCGCCCGCGCUGCCCGCGCCAAGGGGGGCGCUCGCCGCGCCGCCGGCAGCAAGGGUGCGCCAGAGGGCGAGGCGGAGGGGCCAGCGGGCGGGCGCGCAGGCAGGGGGGCGUGGGGAAAGGAGGGGGGGGGUGAGAACGAGAGGAUGGAGGGGGGCGAUGAGAGUGGGAGGGGGGAGGGGUGUGGGGAGACUCAGCGGCUGGAGGGGGGCGAUGAGACCGGCAACGAGGGGGAGGGCGCGGGGGCGGCAGUGGCAGCACAGCAGAGCCGGCACGAGGGGGCUAGAGCCGACAUCAUUGCGUGCGUGAGCACGGGUCCCACGCAGGGCAGCAGCAUGCAGGGUGGUGGCGGUGGCGGGGAGGGCGGUGACAGGGGUCGUGUGGAGCAGCAGUUGUCGGCAGCGGCGUUUCUUGUGCCGUCCACACGUGCACCGGCUGCCAGCACGGCAGGCAGGGGAGGUGUGGGUGGGGAAGAGGGUGUGCCUGGAGGUGUGGCGUCAGCGGCAGGCAGUGGGGCAGUGGGGUGCAGUGCGGUGGGGCACGGGGAUGGCGCACAGCAGCAGCGGGGCAGGGCGGUUGAGGGGCAGGGGAGGCGGGGGCGGGCGGCAGAGGGCAGGGCGGGCGGCAGUGAGUUCCUGGAGCCGCCUCAGAAGCGCCGCCACGUGGACGCGUCCUCCUCCCACGCGCCCCGCCCCCCCGCCUCGCGCACUGCCUUGGGCGUGGGGCCACGAGGCAAGGCCGCGGGCGCAGGGGGAGGAGGGACUGGGAGAGGGGUGGUUGGAGGGAAGGGGGCGGGGGGCAAGGUCGCAGAAGCCCUGGGUGCUGCUGCUGCGUCUCCUGCUGUCGCUGCUGGUUCCGCUGCUCCUCUUCCUCCUGCUGCUGCUGGCGCUGGUGCUGCUGCUGAGGUUGCUGCUACUGCUGCGGGAGCUGGCGCUGGUGGUGGUGGUGGCGCAGCAGGGGCAGGGACAGGGGCAGGGGCGUUGGGCGGGGUGGGGGGCGAGUGGGCGCGGGCGUCGUCGGUGUACGCAACCAACACGGACUUCAGUGAGCGCGACGACACCAGCGCUGACAGUGUUGACAACCUGCCGCCCCCCCUCGACCUGCACGCCCAGGGGGCAGCGCAGGGGGGGGUGGCGGGGGCGGGGGGGGCAGGGGGGCGAGCAGAUGGAGGUAGCAAUGCAGGGCGCAUUGAGGCGCGCGGGGGGGGGACGGUGGGGGCGGAGGGCGAGGAGGGGCUGAGCAAGAGUGGGGAGGGGGGGGGCGGGGGGGAGGGAGAGGCGGCGACGAACGCGGCGGUGAUCAGCACGGGCACGGCGGGGGACGACGCGGAGGGGCCGGGCGGGGGCAGUGUGGCGAUGGGGGCGAGCGUGGAGGUGGAGGCGCAGGCGCUGGAGGGCGACGUCGUGGACGCCUCGCGCGCCCUCGCCUCCACCGACGCCCCCGCCUCCGCCGGCGCCCCUCCCCACGCGCCCCGCGCCGCGCUGGCUGCUGUGGCGCUCUCCGCCUGCCGCAGCGUGGUGGGGGGGGCCUGGGGGGGCGCUGCUGGCGGCGCUGCUGGCACAGGGGCGGGCAGUGCGCCCGGGGGCGCGGAGAGGCAGCAUGGGGAGGGCGCAGGAGGGAGAGGGGCAGAGGGGGAGGGGGAGGGGCAUGUGGAGAGGGGAGGCGGCAGGCAGGUGGAGAGUUUCAGCUUUGCAGGGGGCGGGUGGGGUGGGCGAUGGGGUGGAGGGGAGGACGGGGGCAGAAGGCGAGGGGAAGCUGGGGAAGGGAUAAGGGGGAAUGCGGUGGGAGGGCUGGGUGAAACGGUGGCUGGGAUUGGGCAGACGGGGGAGGGCAUGGGGGAGGGGAUGGGGGAGGGGAUGGGCGAGGGUGCAGGUAUGACAGGAGUUGAGCAGGUGACGGUGGGGGGUGUGGAGGUAGCGGAGACAGGGGGGGGAACGGGGGCGACGGGGGGGAGGGAAGGACGGGGCAGUGGCGGACUGGGGGAGGGGCGGAGGGGAAGCAGCGUGGGGAAGGCAGGUGAGGAGGCGGCAAGGGGUGAGGAUGGAGGGGGGGAGGGGACGGGGGAAGCGAAGGAAGGGCAGGGCGGGGGGCGUGAGUGGGGAGUGCAGAGGGAGGGCGCGGGGGAGACGGGGGGCCCAGAGGAGACCCGCGACACCACCCAGGGGCUGCUCAUUGAGGAGGAUGCUGACGCGGAUGGCGAUGCUGAGGCGGACGUCCGUGCUGACGUGGCGAAUGCAGGAGCAACAGCAGGGGCAGCGGGCGUGCAGGAAGCAGCAGAGGGCACAGGGGAGGUGGGGCUGGCAGCAGGUGGGGCAGAGGGGGGCGGGGAGGGGGCGGUGGGGAUGGAUGUGGAUGAGGGGCAGGGGGAGGGCGGGGGGGUGGCGGAGCAGCGUGGGCGAGUGGGGGAGCGGGCAGUUGGCGAUGAGCGCGUGAGUGGCGGCGGCGGCACAGGUGGCGUGAAUGGGCUAGGAGAGGUGCGGGGGGGAGCAGGCAGCAGGCAGCACAGGGGUGGGGAGGAGCGAGGAGAGCAUGGAGGCAGUGGCGGUGCACGUGGGGUGGUUGCAGAUCAGAUGCGCGUGCAGGGAGGAGGGGGGAACGGCCACGGGGGAGUGCAUGGGGCUGGCAGGGAAGGGCAGAGUGUGGAUGGUACUGCCACUGCUGCUGCCCUUCACGCCCCGCCCGUUCCUGCUGCUCGUGCUGCAAGUGGUGGUGCCAACGGCGUGGGUCCACCUUGUGUGGGGGAGGCUGAGGUCAGCAGUGGCUCACCUCCCGCUGCUGCCAAUGCUGCCACUCCUGCCACGCCGCCUGCUGCUCCCGGCCCUGUCUCUGCCCUUCCUGCCACUGACGUUGGCCCAGCCUCUGAUGAGCCGCAGCGCCUCUUUGACCCGCUGCUGAGCCACCGCCGCUUCUGCCCGUGGGUCAACGCCCUCGCCGCCUCCCACCGCCUCAAAGCCCUCGCUGCCCCCGCCCAGGACCUCAGCCUGUCUGCCUCGCCCCAUGCCCACCGUCUCCCUGCCGUGCCCCCCUCCCACGGCGCCGACCCUGAGGCGGUGGAGGGGGGAGCGCCCGGAUGGCAGCAGUGCCUGGCCGCGCUGCACCACGUGCUGCCCGCCGCCGCCGCCCCCGCUCACAGGCCGCUGCACUCCGCUGCCCACAGGGCUGCUGAGGGGCCCGACAGGACGGCUGAAGGGGUGGCGGACUGGCUGCCUGGAGGAAUGGACGCACACGACUCGGUGGCGUCCUUCAAGGGUGACACGGUCUCAUCUGUUCGAAGACUCUUCCAAGGCCGGCGUUCCUCGUCCUUUGUCUCUCGCACGCAUCACUCCCCUCAGUAG